GUGUGGAUGUCCACAAGCGAUUUGCAUCAGUGCAGAAGUUGGGAACAGUACUGCAUUGUUUUCAAGUGCUGGUAGAAUGAAUAGUCGCUAUGGAAUGUAACAACAGUCUUCGUCCGGUUAUUUACUUGCACAUUAAAACAAUGAGAGUUUUACUAUAAAUAAACUAGCGCUGCAUAAAGACGAACUAUUACCUCACAGGAUUUCAACAACUUACAUUUGCGCACAUGUUUGUUUCCAAGAUGACAGGUAGUUUUGCCAUGCUUACGUUAAUAACCGGGCUACUUUUCGGUUUCAUUGCCAAAGUCACAUGCGAAUGUUUAGGCCACUGUUACAACGACCAGUGUGAAAACACCACAAAUACGUGUUACGCGUGCGCAAACGGCUGGUGGGGUGCUUCCUGUAACGUCACGUGCCCCAUUUAUUGCACGGAUUCCGGAUGCGAACGGAAUUUCGGACACUGCACUACUUGCAAAGACGGCUACUGGGGUAAAAUCUGUUCCGAUGCAUGUGUUGGUCCCCUUAUUUCAAACUGCAGACAGCAGAGCUGCAACGUUGACAAUGGAACAUAUUAUUGUACAACAUGCCAGCCCGGAUAUUUCGGACGAGAUUGUCAGGAAUGCCCUGCCAACUGCACCGAAUGUAUAAAUCUAGAUCAAUGUUCAAAAUGUAAAUCAAAGUUCUAUGGCUUAACGUGCCAAUCUGAGUGUUUCGAUGCAAACUGUGCGCUUUGUAACAACGAUACUGGAGGGUGCGAGGUGUGUGAUCCGGGUUUUUACGGAACAAACUGUUCCUCACCUUGCGUUGAUUGGUGUGAAUUAUGUGAUGGCACAUCCGGGAAGUGUAAAAUGUGUCCUGCGGGAAGAUACGGAUUUCAGUGUGGCGAUGUCUGCGAUAUGACGAACUGUACGUCUGACAGAUGUGACGAGACCGGGAAAUGUCCGACUUGCAAGGCCGGCUUCUGGGGGAACAAAUGCUCGCCAUGUAGUGAACAUUGCAUUUAUGGCUGCGACUUAGUAACAGGAAAGUGCAGAGAGUGCGUGAAUGGCAAAUAUGGAGACCAAUGCGAUAAGAAUUGUCCAAUGAAUUGUUCGUUCGAUUGUGACCAGACGACCGGAGCGUGUUUAUCUUGCACCCAGGGAUUUUGGGGCUCAACGUGUCAGAGCCGAUGCGGGUCCAAUUGCCUCUCAGGAUGUAACGCGCGAACAGGUGUGUGUGGUUCCUGUGUAGAUGGAUUCUGGGGGAGCAGCUGCAACUUGUCAUGCACGCCUGCCACCUGCAGCACGUGUCACAAGUACACGGGUUCGUGCCAGGGGUGUAGUGUGGGUUAUUCUGGAGUACAGUGUGAUCAGACAUGUCCACGCCAGUGCGCCACUGAAUGCCAGAGAUGGACCGAGCUGUGUGAGAAAUGUAAACCAGGAUAUUACGGUAGCCGGUGCGAGCUGUCGUGUACCAAUUGUGAUACGGAGUGUGACUUCCUCACCGGCACGUGCGUCUCAUGCAGAGCGGCCUUCUGGGGUGACACGUGCCAGAAUACAUGUCCUCCGGGAUGCGUCGCGUGUCACAGAAGUAAUGGAAGUUGCGUGUCCUGCAAAAAUAACAUGGGAGGAUUCAACUGCAGCCAACAGUGCUUAGCAACCACCGACAGGUGCCCGCAACACGUCUGCGAGAAGGACACGCCCGUCCGGUGUCUGACAUGCGCACCGGGUUACUGGAACACCUCCUGCAACCAACCGUGUGUGUCUGAACAGUGUAAAGAUAACGUCUGCUCUAUCGAGACUGGAAGUUGCCAGAGUUGUUACCCGGGAAACUGGGGAAAAGACUGCUUAGAAGUGUGUCCUGAUAGUUGUCCUAAUUGCGACCUUACGACAGGGCAGUGCACGACCUGCAUGCAAGGUUACUAUGGCAAUGCGUGCACGGACAUUUGCAAAGUGGACAACUGCGUGGAUUUCCGGUGCAGUAAGGCUAAUGGUCAGUGCGAGCAGUGUCUAAACACGUAUUGGGGCGAUAACUGCGAAUUCAAAUGCUUAGAUAACUGCGCAAAAUGUUCAAAGACCACAGGCAAAUGCGAAAAGUGUUUUGCAACGUCAUUCGGACACUACUGUGACAAAAUUUGUCCCAGUAACUGUAAAAACGGUUGCGACAAAGACAGCGGAGUGUGUAGCGCAUGCGCGGACGGUUUUUGGGGGAGCUCUUGCAAUAAGAGUUGUCGGACAGAAAAUUGCCAUAUCUGCGACCGACUUUCCGGUGAAUGCGAGAUGUGCAAGACGGGCAAAUGGGGCGUGGCUUGCGAGAAGGCGUGUCAAGGAAAGGGAUGUGUCAGCUGUCAGCGCUCGACGGGUGCAUGUCUCAGCUGCCAACGUGGUUCUUGGGGAAGCACGUGUCAGUAUCAGUGCCCUGCCACGUGCCAGUGUUGUCACACCGGAACGGGCGAGUGCGAGGCCUGUCUGUCGGCGGAAACAGAUAACCACAGCAGUGGCGACAUAGACUCGCAGACGCUAGGGGUCGCUGUAGGUAUUUCCGUUGGGAUCACAGCGCUAUUGCUGCUGGUGUUGAUAGCAGCUGUCUUGGCCUUUAGUCGGAGAAACAGACUGUCGACGGAAAAGGGAUCACUAAAGAAACCACCACCGUCAAUCACGUCAUUGAAGAAGAAGGAUGGCGGUCACGUCGAAGCCAAGAUGGACGGGUUCGCUCGCGUUACUACGGAGACGGAAAAAUUCUACAACACCGACUAUGAAGCCUUGCGUCACGAGGUCAGUGCAGACAAUACACAGCUGGCGACGUCACAGCCCUCUGGGGCCGAGCAGACGACAGGUGAAACCGACUACAUCCACCCCGCCACCUCGCGCGGUAAUCUGAUCGAUUCUAAGAACGGUUCGUUGUCAAUACCUGGUCCGUCUUCAGAUGUGGUGGUCAGUGGGUAUUUCGAACCAAACGUCGCUGAGCAGUUGAAGAAAUCCAAACCCCAAAACGAAGCAAAUGCUGAGAUUCAACCAGUGUACACUAACGUCGGUAUCGACAAUAGCGAGGAGGCAGAAACACGUGUUCUUUCCUUGCCCGUCGUACGUCCAAAGAACUUCCGGCCCGUCUACACAAACAUGUCGCCGGUAGAGACAGAUAAGCAGUUCCGGUUCCGGCCGGAUUCCGUGCACUCUGCACCGGAAGUGGGAGUGGCCGGGCAGUACGAGGAGAUCAGACCUGAGCACAUGACGUCAGCAAGUCCCUUGUAUACCGAGGUUGAGUCGAGGUUCGGCAAUACCAAGUAGGAGAGCUGCGCGCAUUCCCAUAUGUUUGUUAGAACAGUGAUAUAUUUUGUGUAAAUCAAAUUUUAGCGUACAUGUAUAUGUGAUGUUGUAUCCUUGAUAUAACGGAAUAUAAUUGCAUCUGGUUUAAAAUAACGUAAUGUGAUUUUAAAUUGUUAAUUUUGUUUGCACAAUAAGUGUGUUUUCCUCAUUUUAACACAUUCUUGGAUAGGUCAAUUGUAUCUCCCAUGAUUGUACUAAAACAAGGUGUUUUUAAAUACCGUUUAUAUAUUUUACAAAAGAACGAGUGGUUUAAUUGCUUACUUAUUGUACUAAUGCGUUUGAGUGUGUGUGAUAAAUAGCACAGCCUAGCUGACUGCCCCAUAUUCCCACCCAAUCCAUUUUUAUAUAUAAAUAUGUACAGUGCAACCUUAAUGUUUUUACGAUGCGGAGACCCGUAUCAGCUAAUGUAUCAAGACUGAAGACAUAAAAUGGAAAUUGCUCAGGUAAAACUAGGCGCAAUUCAUGUACGUAGUUUUAUCACUUAUUAGCCUGAACAAUACGCACAUGCUAAUCUGGGACAACUAUCUCCUCCUAGAAUAGAUUUUUGUUAAAAGACUUCCUAUUUACAAAAAAUGCCAUAAAAGCGGAAAGAUCCAUCCAAGUUAAGUUAAUUGGUGCACAUGCAUUUAGCCCUGUUUUCACAAAAGAAGGCUUAUAUAAACAUUUGAGUGUAGCUUCAACAUGGAAUCAAAUGUUAUAAAGUGUCUUUUUUUAUUUGUAAAUGUAAUAUAUUGUUGUAUUUGUAUUGUUAUUGUUCAUGCACUAUUUGUUAAGACUAUUACCUGCACAACAACCGAAAAACAAGGGACAAAAUUGUCACAAAACCAGGUUUUCAAUUUGAAAAAAAAGUCUGAUAAAGGGAGACAACUCAAACUGAACUGAUUGUCUAUAAUGAGCCCCCUUUGUUUCAAAAAAAUAAAUCUAUUUUUAGUCGUGACGACCUUGAAAUUGGAGAUAUUGACGUAAUUCUUUCGUGCCACACACCGUCCAAUGAUGGUGAACCAAUGUGCCAAAUGAUUUUAAAAUCUCACAAUGAAUGACAGAGUAAUGGCACAGACAAGCUCAUUUAUGGCCAUUUUUGACCUUUGAAUUAAAGUGUGACCUUGACCUUAGAGAUAUCGACGUAAUUCUUUUGCGCCAAACACCGUCUAAUGAUGAUGAACAAAUGUGCCAAAUGAUUUUAAAAUCUCACAACGAACGACAAAGUUAUGGCCCUGACAAGCUUGUUCCUCCCGCCCGCCGACAUUCGCCAAUCUAAUAACUAGUUUUUUCCUUCGGAAAACCUG